AGUCCAAAACAGUGGGUAGCGUCGUCCCACUUUCUUGAGGACGCGGACCGUGCCAGACAAAACCAAAUAAUCUGGUGCGCAGCAGAAGAGGCUCAAUGCAGAUUGAUUUCCUCGCGUCUAUCGCCUAUAAAAAGGAGCUGGAGAGUUUCACAAUCCACCAGACUUUUACAACCAUUUCCCUGAGGAAAGGAGUCGGGGAUAAAACAACGCGAAAAGGCUCUUUGGACUUGAGUUGCAGCUGGCGAGAGAAAACAAGCCGUCCAUGCAGCAAUGUUGCCAUAACACCUGGGAAGCCCGUUGAGAGAUCAGAUCUACCUACAUUGGUUCCGAAUCAUGUGUGUGCGUGAGAGUGACCAGCACCACCAGUGAGGGACACUCAUGGCCCACCGCGUGCACGACCACCAAAGCCGCCUGCCAGUAGCCCAGGCCACGGUACUGACCCUGCCUCCUUCCAGCCAAGCUAAAGACCUCAGGCCCACCUGGACGGCGUUGGACUCCCUGCUGUGCGGGGCGUUCGCCGGAGCCGUCGCCAAAACCGUCAUCGCACCCCUGGAUCGCACUAAGAUCAUCUUUCAAGUCUCCUCAAAGAGGUUUUCGGCUAAGGAGGCAUUCAGGCUCAUCUAUAGCUCGUACGUGAAAGAUGGGCUGCUCAGCCUGUGGAGGGGCAACUCCGCCACCAUGGUGAGGGUCAUGCCAUACGCUGCUAUCCAGUUCUCGUCCCACGAACAGUACAAAAAGGUGCUCGAGGGCCACUACGGCUGUCAGGGAAAAGCUCUUCCACCAUUCCCGCGCUUCCUGGCCGGCUCAAUGGCUGGGACCACCGCUGCCAUGCUGACAUACCCGUUGGACAUGGUGCGGGCCCGCAUGGCUGUUACAGCCAAAGAAAUGUACUGCAAUAUCAUGCACGUCUUUGUGCGCAUUUCCCAAGAGGAAGGUUUUAAGACCCUCUACAGAGGCUUUACACCUACAAUUCUGGGUGUCAUCCCCUACGCCGGCAUCACAUUCUUCACUUAUGAGACCCUCAAGAAACUUCACACAGAAAAGACAAAACGAGCUCAGCCGUACACCGUGGAGCGCUUGGCUUUUGGCGCGUGCGCGGGUCUGAUUGGACAGUCGGCAUCGUACCCUCUGGAUGUGGUCCGUCGGCGCAUGCAGACGGCCGGCGUCACCGGCUCCGCCUACAACACUAUUUUGGGCACCAUGCGCGAAAUCGUGCGCCAUGAGGGCGUCGUGCGCGGACUCUACAAAGGCCUGAGUAUGAACUGGCUCAAGGGGCCCGUCGCCGUGGGCAUCAGCUUCACCACCUUCGAUAUCACGCACAGCCUGCUCCUCAAAGUGCACCAGAUGGGCUUCUUCGCCCACUGACUGGAACAGUUUGGACCAAUGGAGCUCAAAAGCAGACUUUAAAAAAAUAAUGACAGAAGAAAAUAAUGACUAUUAAGCAAAAACCUGUUCUAUGUUUGCACUACUUGAUAUUUUUUCAAGAGAAUCUGAAGACUGCCUCGAUUAGCUUCGAUUACAAUACAGAUUUACAUGGGUUGUGACCAUACUUGGGAAUGAUUUGUCCUAAGGCUGAACAAUUUUGAAAAAUAAUUGAAUUGCGUUUCGCCCCCUCCCUCAAGAAUACAAUUGCGAUUUAAAACAAUAAUUUCCAUCCAGGUCCACUUCCCAUGUAUUUUUUUUUUAUACAAAAAACAGCAAGAAAUUAAUCGGCAUUACUGGUACUAUAAACAUUAAUAUCAGAUUUGUUACACCUGUACAUAAAUGUUUUGGUCUACAAAUUAUCCUUGCGCUAAAAUAAAAGUGAAUGAACCAUGAAUGUACUUGAAAAAGUUUAUAUACUACAACUCAAGUUUUAAACUCACCAAGCACUUUCACUUAUGGUCUUUUCAGCAUUCAAGAACAAGUUUUACCAACUUCUGUCAUUUCAACUUUUCAUAUUUCAUGAAACAAUGGCAUGUAAAUAAAUUGACUGUGCUGCUUAAGCACUGAAUUUAUGAGCCUAUAUGACAGAGAAGUGGGAUUUUUUUUUCUUCCCAAAUUGCAGCCUUAGAAUUAUUCAACCCCGGUUUGUACCUUACUGUAUGUUUUCAUAUGAUGAAUGUCCCUUUCAAGCACUACCAUGGUGAUUUUGACUAUAAUCAUGAGUUGAGCUCAAAUAGCUUUUAUGAACGCCAACAAAUGCAUUUGUGGUUCAGAUGUGCAGAAGGUAGCCGGGCAUGCUUUAAUUGGACAAUAUGAGAAGGAAAUCCACAUAUCGAUAUUUUAAAUAAAAAGAUGUGUUUAUUAUUGGUACACCUAAUUUAGUCAUUCAAUUUAUGUAUAUUUUCCAAUUCAAAGUGUGAAUGAAACGCCUUUUCUGUCAAACGCAGCAAUGUCUUAUUUGUCCACAGGAGGGCGCCCUGUAACAAAUCAUACUAAAUGCGCAGAGUGACAGUGAAAUAAAAACGUGGUUGCACAUUUA